AUGGAUGGAUCGAUUGAUUGGUUUAUUAGUGGUAAUAUAUCAAAUGUUUUAGAUAUCCAAGUAGCAGCAGCAACUAUGUCUACAACUACUACCACUACUCCCUCAAAGAGUGGAGAACAAUCAAAGAGUGUUAAUGUUGUUAGUGUAGAGGGUGGAUCGGGCGAUGCCAUUCUUGCAGCAGUCGACAAAUUAGAAUCAAAGGUUUAUACAUUGGGUAUGCGUCGUGAAGACAAGAAUCGUUGGGAGCGUAGAGCACCAUUGGCUCCAUCUCACAUUGAACAACUCGUAAAGAAGGGUAUCAGAUGUAUCGUUCAGCCAUCGACUCUCAGAAACUACUCGAACGGUGCCUACCAGAAUGCCGGUGCAAUCAUCCAAGAGGAUCUCCGUGAUUGCGAUGUCAUUAUCGCUGUCAAAGAGGUUCCCUCCGAGUACCUCUUCCCAGGAAAAACCUACAUUUUCUUCUCUCACACAAUCAAAGCUCAGCCAUACAACAUGCCAAUGUUGGAUGAAAUCAAUAAGAAAAAUAUUAGAUUGAUUGAUUAUGAAAGAAUUACUGAUGAUAAAAAUAGAAGAUUGGUAAGAUUCGGUGCUUUUGCAGGAUAUGCUGGUAUGAUUGAUAUGCUCCAUGCAUUGGGAGAUCGUUUAUUGGCAAAAGGAUUCUCUACACCAUUCUUACAUGUCGGUUACUCCUAUGUGUACUCAAGACUUGAGAAUGCAAUGGAUGCCGUUCGUGCCAUCGGUGAGGAAAUUUCACAAGUCGGUCUACCAGAUGAGUUGACUCCAUUCACAUUUGCAUUCACCUCCGAUGGUGCUGUAGCACAAGGUGCACUCUCCAUCUUUAAGCUUCUCCCACACAAAAUGAUUACACCCGAUGAAAUGGUUGACAUUGUAAAGAACAAAAAGGGUGAAAGAGGUAUUUUGUAUGGUACAAUCGUUACUUCCGAACACAUGGUUGCACCAAAAGAUCCAAAGAAAAAGUUUGACAAGAAGGAGUAUUACAAUGAUCCAUCUCAAUAUAAAUCUAUUUUCUAUGAAAAGUAUGCACCACACAUCUCUUGUAUCAUCAAUUGUAUGUAUUGGGAUGCCAAGUUCCCACGUCUUAUCACCAUCAGACAGAUGGAAGAGUUGGUCGAGACUGGAAACUCAAGAUUGGUCGGUGUUGCUGAUAUCUCUGCCGAUAUCAACGGUUCACUUGAAUUCCUCAUGAAGACAACUUCAAUUGAUUCACCUUUGUUUGUAUAUGAUCCAAAAACACAAGAAAUUCAUGAUCCAACAACAGAUCAAAAAUAUAUGUAUCGUGAUGGUAUUCUUUUCUUGGCAGUAGAUAAUUUGCCAACUGAAUUCCCGAGAGAAGCAACUCAAUGGUUUGGUGAUCAUUUGUUACAGUUUAUGGAGGCAGUUGUCAAGUCGGAUCCAAGCAAGCCAUACGAUAAGAUGGAUGACUUGCCAGCGGAAAUCAAGAGAGCUGUCAUCACUGCACACGGUAGUUUGACUCCACCAUUCGAGUACAUCAAGGAGUUGAGAAAGAAGCGUGAAGCAAUGUUUGGAAAGAUUUUAAUUAUUGGUGCCGGUUACACCUCUCAUCCAGUCAUCGAUUAUCUCACUCGUAAUCCAAGCCAUGUCCUCACCGUUGCCGAUAUCGACGUCGAGCAAACCAGAAAAGUUCUAAAGUUCGAACCGGACAACAUUGACGUUGCCAUUGUCGAUGUAAACGAUCCGGUCAAGCUGGACGAGCUCGUCAAGAAGCAGACCGUUGUCAUCUCGUUGUUGCCAGAGGAUUUGACCUAUGAAGUCGCCAAGUCUUGCUUGCGUAACAAGAAACACUUGAUCUCCAUCGGCUAUUUGACCGACGAGAUUCGUUCGCUCAGCGCCGAAGCCAAAGCAAACAACUUGACAUUCCUCAUGGAGAUGGGAUUGGAUCCAGGAAUCGAUCAUCUCGAAGCAGCCAGAGUAAUCAACGAAGUGCAAUCACAGGGUGGAAGAAUCAGAACAUUUGUAUCGUGGGCAGGUGGACUUCCAGCACCAGAGUCUUCCGACAAUCCUUUGGGUUACAAAUUCUCGUGGAGUCCAAGAGGUGUGCUGGAGGCAUGCACUCUCGACGCCAAGUACCGUCAGGACGGUCGUGAUAUCUCUAUCCCAGGCGCAGAAGUCUACAAGCGUACUCAGAAAGUAGACAUCUUCCCAGCGUUGGCAUUGGAGGGAGUACCCAACAGAAACUGUUUGGAUCUCGCGCAGUACUACAACAUCAAGGAUUGCAACACCCUGUUCCGUGGUACUCUGAGAUACAAGGGAUUCUGCCAGGUUAUUGAAGCGGCCGUCGAAGUCGGACUGCUCGAUGAAACUGUAUAUAGCUACUUGCAACCGUCGGAGGCAUCGCUCUCUUGGAAUCAAGCACUGCGUAAGAUCUUGCCGGUGCCACUCAACGAGAACAUCUCGACCGAGGAAAUCUUUAGAAGAAAACUCAGGACCAGAAGAGGUUAUCCAAACAAAGGCUACGACGACGAGAAGAUCACUUCGAUCCUUUCGGUCUUUGAGUGGUUGGGUAUCUUCUCGACAACCAUAGACAUCGCACAGAAGGGUACUUACAUCGAUGGAUUCUGUGAGUUGCUCAAGGGUAAACUCGAGUUCUCGCCAUCGGAGCGUGACUUGAUCAUUCUCCACCAUAUCUUUGGUAUCGAAUGGCCAGGCGGUAAGCACGAGACCAAGACAUCGACAUUGGUCUACUACGGAGACAAAGACAUCUCUGCCAUGGCCUAUUGCAUUGGUUUGCCAGUUGCCAUGGCUGCCGAACUUCUCGUAGAAGGUUCACUGAAGGAGCGUGGUGUAGUUCUACCAAUCACCGAAGAAUACUACAAACCAAUCUUGAAGUCCCUACGUAACGAAGGUAUUCAAUUCAUUCACCGUUGUCAAUUUGAUCAACAUUAA